CAGCGACUCAUUUUGCAUGCAAUAUUAUGUUACAAGUUAGAUAAAUUGAUAAUUGCAAGGACUUCAGUAUUUUCAGAAUGAAAAAAGUCAUGCAGAAAAGGUUUUAGAAAGCACUCUGUCAUUUCAAAAGUUCUGAAGAGUGGAAAUACAUUGAUGAAUCAACGAAACAUAGAGAAUUGUUUUUAAAAUUGAUUGAAUAUGGGCGCAAUCGCAGUGUUGAGGUUAAAGUGGUGGGCAAUGUACGUGUAAUAUUCUCAGAAGAAUUUUGCAUUGGCGAAGGAAGUGAUGCAACCCGUGUUUUUUUGGACUGGGUAAGGAUGGUUCCAGUAAAGCAGUCAAACGAAUACAUCGAGAUAGCUUUAUCCAGCUUGCACAGCAAGAAAAGAAAAUUUUGAAUGAAUUCAAUGCAAAAAAGUCGAAAUAUGUUGUGAAUUAUUUCUACUUAAAAGAAGAUACUGGAACGGAUUAUGUUUAUUUGAUCUUAGACUUAUGUGAAGAAUCACUGGUGAAGUUUGUGGAAGAUUCUACUUUGCAUGAUCUUCAAAAAGCUCUUCCUGAUAUUCUUAGACAAAUUUUAAAAGGAUUAGCUGAUCUUCAUAGCGACCCAAAUCCUAUUCUACAUCGGAAUUUGAAGCCUUCCAAUGUUCUGCGAGACUCAAAAAGCAAAUUUCUGAUAGCUGACUUUGGCAUGAGUCGAAUAAUGAAGAAUGACACAACAACAUAUAAAAGCAAUUCUUCCAUGGGAACCCAGCAUUGGAUAGCUCCUGAAUCAUAUUGCGAAGAUGAUGAUUCAGUAAACAAAGCGCGUUACAAAAGAAGGUCUGAUGUAUAUAAUGCAGGGAUGUUAGCUUAUUAUGUAACAACAAAAGGAAAACAUCCUUUUGGAAUUCAACGGUAUAGACUGGACAACAUGCUGAAUGGAAACCCUGUUGGUUUGAAAGAAAUCAAGGAUGAAACAUUAAAGGACCUUCUGUCGUGGAUGUUAAAUCUAAAACCUGAAGACAGACCAUAUUCUAACGAAGCAUUAAAACACCCAUUUCUCGUGUCAGAUGAUGAGAAGUUUGAAAUGUUAUGUGAAGUUGGGAAUCUUCAUCAGAUUAAGACAAAUGAUCUCCAGUCAAGUGUCGUUCAACAAUUGAAUAGCGAAUGCGUACUUUGGAAAAAUCAAAUUAAUUGGGAUGUCUAUGAUUAUUUUCGCACGUACGAGAGAAAUGGAAAAAUUUAUAAGGUCCAUUAUACAUCUUCAUGGGCAGAAUGCUUAAGGCUCAUUCGAAAUACUCGCCAGCAUUGGAACGAUCGACCUCUACCACAACCAGAAUUAUUUAAAAGAUUGGCGAUUACAGGGCGUAUUUUCUCCGAGCAAUUCCUAAUCUCCCUGUUCGGGUACAUGCUGCGGUCAGGUCAAAUAAUGAAUGGAAAAACAAACCAGAACUCAAGAACUUUUCAAAAACACCAACAGUUCCUCCAAGAACACCCGUAGAUCCUUCAAGAACACCAACAGUUCCUCCAAGAACACAACUGGUUUCUCCAAUGCCACCUCAGCGUGAGAAUGAUAGUAAACUUGAAGAGACAUUAAAAGGACUUACUUUAAAGAGAGAUCAGUAUAAGUUGGCUGCUCGCAAUUGUAACAGAAGUGGGGACAAAGAAAAUGCAAAAAAAUAUUUGAUUAUAUCGAAGGACUUCGAUGCUGUCAUUCAAGCUGUAAAGGAUGGAAAAGAUGUUGAUCUCACACAAUGCCCUCCACCUCCUCCUGGAUUUCCAGGAUUUAAUUUGAAAAGCCAAUUUCUUGAUGAACAUUACAAAAUUAAAAAAGACGUUCAUGAAAAAUUCAAAAGCAUAUCGUGGAUAUGUGGCAACUAUGGAACAGUUAGAAAAAACAAAGUUAUACCAUAUGCUCAUAUGUAUAUAACAGUUGAUGAUGUUGAAGGAAGGUCCGAGGAAGAUUUAAAGGAAGAAAUUGAUAAGAUAUUUGAAUGGGAAGCAUCAAAAUUCAUUGAAAUCAGACGUAAACUUUACAAAAAACCAAAGAUUCGAUAUUUAUCAAACUUCCGCGCUAUUCAAAAUAAUGAUGCACCAAAUCCAAUGCAAAGACCUAAUGAUGUUGUUAUGGCAAACCAAUAAACUUACUUGAAACCUUGGCAUACUGCAGAAAUACCCUUAACAGCUGUCAUUGAAAACGCAUCGAAUCCGAUCACAUUUAGACGCACUGUAACCGGAAUGAUUUAAAAACAUUGACCAAUCCUCAUUUAUCAUGCAUUAUCCUAUGGAUUAAAUUGGUGCUUAAAGUGACUCUUUCUAUUUUAAAUGCGCUAUUUUUGAGCAUAGUUAUGUUUAUGCAAUUUACUGUUGCCGUCUUAUCAAAAGAAUUAUGGAAAUAGAGCGAGCAGUUUUGAUACGGCUCCUUUCAAUGCCAGAAAUGUGCCCUUAAACAUUUUCGCUAUUUUAUAUUCUAAAACGACACUUAA